AUGGAGAACAUCGGGAGCAUUAAGCCAGAAACGUCGCCUCUUCCUCUAGGGAUCUUUGAGAUACCAGGAGAACCUGCAGUUGUUAUCAAUGGCGUGCCUGAUGAACCUGAGACAGAUUGUAUAAGUGCCAAAGACGAGCCAGUAUCAAGUGGUGGCACCGUAGGAAGCGGCGAAUGGCUCGAGGGUAGAGAAGUUCGGAAGUUUUUCUUGGGUCGGUACUAUUCUGGUACGGUGACAAAGUUCGACAAAGAGACUAAGUGGUACAUGGUUGAAUAUGAAGAUGGGGAUUCUGAAGAGCUUGACUGGUCUGAGCUAGAGGAAGUGCUUCUGCCUUUGGAUGUUACUGUCCCUCUGAGAUCAGUCUCGUCGUGGAUCAUCAAGAAUCGACGAAGACAGGCCCAAGCUUAA